UCGGCAGCUCAGUCAGUCGGCCGCCGCGGUCGUGCGCAGACGUCCCAUCUGUCAAAGUGACAGCCGCGUUCCAAAUUUGAAUUACAAACUGACAUGCAUAAAUCGAUCUUGAAAGUGAGCUGUGUGACUGUAUAAUAAAGACAUUGAGUGAUAUUGACUUGAAUUGAGUUAUCAUGGCUUUUGAAGACCGCUGCAGUCCGAAUCAGGCUAACAGUCCGGGGCCGGUGGCUCGAGUGCCGGCUCCGCAUGCGGAGAAUUUGGGGUCCUACUGCCAACCUAGUCAGUAUACCUGCACGACUAUUGAACCCAGGUACGAGCGCAGCACACCAAUGACGAUCGUUAAGGUCCAACCUAACUCGCCACCACCAAGCCCUCAAGAAUACCAGAAUUAUUACAGACCCGAAACGCCAGAUGUCAAGCCGGUCAUCAACCAAGAUUUCGACCCGAAACUAAAUCAAAGACAACAACCAAACUUACCGAUCAACUUCUCUAUAAGCAACAUCCUACACCCCGAAUUCGGUUCGAACGCUUUAAGAAAAACGAGCAAGAUCGAAGGACCAAAAUCCGUCGGGCCUAACCACAGCAUCCUCUACAAACCUUAUGAUUUAUCGAAGCAGAAUGAGUUCCAGAAAUACAGCUUCGACUAUUUAAAGUCCAAAGAGCCUGACUUUAAUAGAUUGCCGCCAUUGGGUGGUUUAAGGCAGACCGUUUCGCAGAUCGGGGAAGUGCAAAAGGAGAAAGAGAUUCCGAAGCCGGUUGAGGCUAAAAGGCCGGAUUCAGCCAGUUCCAUAGUAUCUUCAACGUCCAGCGGAGCGCCUUCUACAUGUGGCAGUACAGAAACGAAUAGCCAAGGAAACUCUACUCUGUGGCCUGCUUGGGUGUACUGCACGAGAUACAGUGACAGACCUAGCUCAGGUCCCAGAAGCAGAAGAAUGAAAAAACGCGCAACCCCAGAAGAGAAGAGACCGAGAACCGCUUUUAGCGCAGCGCAACUCGCUAGACUAAAGCACGAGUUCGCGGAGAACCGCUACCUGACCGAGAGGCGGCGGCAAGCCCUCGCCGCGGAGCUCGGCCUGGCUGAAGCUCAGAUCAAGAUCUGGUUCCAGAAUAAACGAGCUAAGAUCAAGAAGGCCUCGGGACAGAGGAACCCUCUAGCUAUGCAGCUGAUGGCGCAAGGAUUGUACAAUCACAGCACCGCGACUGAAAGCGAUGAGGAGGAGGAGAUUAGCGUGACGUAGAGAGGAGUUUUGUAGUUGAGGAUACUGUAUAGGCAAUAGAAGCUAGAAGGGGGACACCCUCAACAGGGGCUGUAAAGUUUACGUGUACAAUCACAGCACCGCGACUGAACGCGAUGAGGAAGAGGAGAUUACUGUUACGUAGGGAGGAGUUCCAUAGUUAAGGAUACUGUAUAGUUCAUAAGAGCUAGCUGCUUGGAUGACUAGAUAUCAUACAAUAUCAAGAAGUCCUCGGGACAGAGGAACCCUCAACAGGGGCUGUAUAAUAACAGCACCGCGACUGAAAGCGAUGAGGAGGAGGAGAUUAGUAGGGAGGAGUUCUGUAGGUGAGGGUACUGUAUAGGUAAAUGUUGUAAGAGCUAGCUUAUUGGGAGGCUUGAAACGUCAUCUUAUUUGAAAAAUUAGAAUGACCUAGGAUUAGAUGGUCAAUUCAAACUCAGUCAGUCUUUAAUACAACAAUUGUACAAUUGAUAUAAAUUGAUAGUUAAAGAGAAUGAAAGAGUUUAAAGAGCAACCACUAAGAAAAAUAAAGUUAAAUGUAAUUCACAAUCUGCCUACCAAUUUAUUUUUUGCGUAGGCAUUUCUCUUAUUUAGGUAUUCCCGUUUAUAGUUUUGAUAAUAUAAUAACUCCUAUUAUUAAAAACAUAUAAAAUAUUGUUUACUGAUAGUUCAAACUUACGGAGGCUGAUUCUAACUCCAUCAUUUGUAAGUUUAAUAACAAAAAUUCCUUGAGACAAAGACAUAUUAAAUAUAUUAAGAACGGGGAACGGGUCACCCUCACCGUAAAUUCCUGAUGACACUCCUCGAUACGGAGUGAAACAUGUCGAGCGGUUUUCGACUUAAAAUCCGUGAGUGACCCGUUCUUAAUAUAUUUAAUACAUCAUUUGUAAUUCUACAAAACUAAAUGUAAAUAAAACACCAUUGUUUUACAGUUACAUAAAAUCACGUUAGAAAUAAUUAGUGCUAUUAAAAAUGUUCCUGUAUUUUACAAUUAAAAUAAGAAAAUUAUUUAUUUGUCUUCAUAAUUAUAGCAUUGUGAAUAGUAGGGCUUGUAAUAAUAAAUUAUUAUAGAUAAUAAUACGCCAUUAUACUGAUAAUUAAUAUUGAUUUGGUGAAAAUCAAAAACGUGGAAUUUCCAUUUUUGGGUAUUUUCAUACGAUGUUAUUAUUUAUGUUAUAUUUUAGACUUAUACAUAUUUUUGUCUGACUUCAUGUGUAUAUCCUUUAGGUAAUGCUUUUAGCUGUCAGACUUUAUAUUGUAAGUUAGUAUAAAACAACUUUUUUUUUAUUAAAAUCACGGAUGCAGAUUGUGACAUUUUUGGCGAAACCAUUUUUUCAUUUUUUUUUUCAUGUUGCACUGUUUUGUAAUUAAAAAAAAAACACAAAAUUUCGAUAAAAGAUGCGAUAUCUAACCAAAUAGUUAUAAGAAUAAAACACUAGAUAAAAAUAUAGAAAAUUAGUCAUUCAACGCACGUGACAAAAUGAAAAAAAAUAUAUAAAAAGUUUAAGCGUAGUUUUAGACAUCAUUAUUAUAGUAUUUUCAAGGAUAAGCUACGCUAAAAACUAGCCUGAUUUAGAUUUUUGUUAAAAUGCCUUCGCCAUUACAAAAUCUUGCCUGUUUUCGAAAAAAAAAGGUAAUUCCUUAUCACUUGUGCCGUUGACUGUACUUUUUUAUUUUAAUGAACUUAGUCACAUUUCUUCCAUUUACGUUUGUAAAUAUUAAUUUUAAAUUAUCUAUUGGAUGUUCGGUCUUGACUGUUUUAGUUUUAAGUGUAAAAAUUAAUAAAUUAUAUCUAUGGUUUUCAAAUUAAA